AUGAAGUUCUUCGGUCGCAACGGUGCUCUGGCAGCCCUCUUGGCGGCUUCGCCGCUCCUAGAAGGAGUUGCAGCUCAGGCCUCGACUCCAACAACCUACACCGACCCGACAACCGGCAUCAUCUUCAGCACAUGGUCUGCUACGACUGCCCAAACCGCCGGCGGCCUGACGUACGGUUUCGCUCUACCUCAAAAUGCACUCACGGUGGAUGCCAACGAAUACGUUGGCUAUCUCCAAUGCGCUUCCAAGAAUGGCCAAGGUACCGGUUGGUGCGGUAUCUCCCUCGGCGGCACGAUGACGAACAAGCUCCUUGUGAUGGCAUGGCCCAACGGCAACGAAAUCCUCACCUCCUUCCGCUGGGCAACUGGCUACGACAUGCCGGCCGUCUACGCCGGUGACGCCAAGCUCACCCAGAUCUCCUCGACCAUCAACGCCACCCACUACACCCUCAUCUACCGCUGCCAGAACUGCUUCCAAUGGAAUCACAACGGUGCUACUGGUAGCGUCAGUACCUCGGCUGGCUCCAUGGUUCUUGGCUGGGCCCAGGCGUUCAGCAGCCCGACCAACCCAACCUGCCCGGCCAACAUCGUUCUUGCACAACACGAGAACCAGAACAUCCACGGGACCUCGCUCAACAGCGACAUUGCUAACCCAUCGUACUCUGCCUGGGCUGCCCUGGCCACCAAGACUGUCACAGGUAGCUGCGGUGGAGGAAGCACAUCCACGUCCGUUCCGACUGCAACGUCGACUGCGGCCCCAGGUCCUACUGGUGUCCCUGUCCCCUCUCAGUCUUACGACUACGUCGUGAUUGGUGCUGGAGCUGGCGGUAUUCCUUUAGCUGACAAGCUUAGUGAAGCCGGCAAGAGCGUGCUGCUCAUCGAGAAGGGCCCUCCAUCUUCCGGCAGAUGGGGUGGCACGAUGAAGCCUACUUGGCUUGCUGGCACCAACCUCACCCGCUUCGAUGUGCCUGGACUUUGCAACGAGAUCUGGGAGAACUCAGCCGGUAUCGCCUGUCAAGACACUGACCAGAUGGCGGGCUGCGUCCUUGGUGGUGGAACAGCCAUCAACGCUGCGCUUUGGUGGAAGCCAUACUCACUGGAUUGGGACUACAAUUUCCCCACUGGCUGGAAGUCAUCUGACGUAGCUGCUGCAACAUCGCGGGUAUUUUCCCGCAUUCCGGGGACCACCACACCGUCUCAGGACGGCAAGGUCUACCUCACGGCAGGCCGCGAUGUUAUUUCGGCCGGUCUUAAGUCUGGCGGUUGGACUGAGCUCGACCUGAACGCGAACCCCAACUCCAAGAACCGCACUUUCGGCAAGACGCCGUAUAUGUAUUCAGGAGGCGAACGCGGUGGGCCGAUGGCGACGUACCUCGUGUCUGCCAGCAAGCGCUCCAACUUCAAGCUGUGGAUGAACACCGCCGUGAAGCGUGUCGUCCGUACCGGCGGCCACAUCACUGGUGUUGAGGUUGAGCCAUACCUCAGUGGGGGAUACCAAGGCACCGUCAACGUAACCGCGAUCACUGGCCGAGUGAUCCUGUCAGCUGGGACGUUUGGCAGUGCGAAAUUGUUGCUGCGCAGUGGAAUCGGACCAAAGGACCAGCUUGACGUUGUCAAGAGCUCCACCGAUGGGCCAACAAUGAUCUCGAACAGCUCGUGGAUCACACUUCCCGUUGGCUACAACCUUGAGGAUCACACCAAUACUGAUCUGGUGGUUUCGCACCCUGCUGUGGAGUUCUACGACUUCUAUGAGGCGUACGACGACCCGAACGUUACUGACAAGAACUUGUACCUCAACAAGAGGAGUGGUAUCCUGGCUCAAUCAGCGCCCAACAUUGGGCCUCUCUUCUUCGAGGAACUCAAGGGUGCCGAUGGCAUUACUCGCCAGCUUCAGUAUACUGCUCGCAUGGAGGGCAGCCUGGGUGCUCCCAACGGAAAGUCCAUCACCAUCAGCCAGUAUCUCGGUCGCGGUGCAACCUCCCGUGGCAGAAUGACAAUCCAGGGCAACCUUGGUACUGUCGUCUCGACCGUGCCCUACCUUCGCGACCAAAACGACGUCGAGGCCGUCAUCAAGGGCAUUGAAAAUCUCCAAGCUUCCCUCAAGAAUGUCGCCAACCUGACGUGGCUGUUUCCCGAGCCGGGAACGACGGCGAGGAACUACGUCAACAACAUGCUGGUAUCAUACUCCAACCGUCGUGCGAACCACUGGAUCGGCACUAACAAGCUUGGCACUGGCGAUGGCCGCAACGGUGGCGAUGCCGUCGUUGACCUCAACACCAAGGUCUGGGGUACAGACAACCUCUUCGUUGCAGAUGCGUCCAUCUUCCCGGGCAUGGUGACAACCAACCCCUCGUCCUACAUAGUCGUCGCAGCGGAGCAUGCUGCUGCAAAAAUCCUCGCCCUUGCGACGGCCAAGGCUGGUGCGCUGUACGACCAGUGCGGUGGUUCGACAUGGAAUGGGAGCUUCCAGUGCGCCACGGGCUUGAAGUGCACUUUCAAGGACUCCUACUAUUCUCAGUGCUUGUAA